GAGAUAGUCACGUCCUCCUAAAGACCUUGUGCUGGUGCUGCCAUCGGAAAAUCUGGUUACACUCUGGGGAGGCCUGCUGCCACGGCGGGACUGAACCCCCGCGGCCCUGAGAUGAGUGUCCGGCCUGCGCGGGACACACCAUGAAUAGAUACACCACAAUCAGGCAACUCGGGGAUGGGACCUAUGGUUCCGUCCUGCUGGGAAGAAGCAUCGAGUCUGGAGAGCUGAUCGCGAUUAAAAAAAUGAAAAGAAAGUUUUAUUCCUGGGAGGAAUGCAUGAACCUUCGGGAGGUCAAGUCUUUAAAGAAGCUCAACCAUGCCAAUGUAGUAAAAUUAAAAGAAGUUAUCAGAGAAAACGAUCAUCUUUAUUUUAUUUUUGAGUACAUGAAGGAAAACCUCUACCAGCUCAUUAAAGAAAGAAAUAAAUUGUUUCCUGAGUCUGCUAUAAGGAAUAUCAUGUAUCAGAUAUUACAAGGUCUUGCAUUUAUUCACAAACACGGCUUCUUCCAUCGGGACCUAAAGCCUGAGAACCUCCUCUGCAUGGGACCAGAGCUAAUAAAGAUCGCCGACUUUGGAUUGGCUCGAGAGAUCCGAUCAAGACCUCCGUACACAGACUAUGUAUCCACCCGAUGGUACCGGGCUCCGGAAGUGCUCCUGAGGUCUACCAACUACAGCUCCCCCAUUGAUAUCUGGGCCGUUGGCUGCAUCAUGGCUGAAGUGUACACCCUCAGGCCUCUCUUCCCUGGAGCCAGCGAAAUUGACACGAUCUUCAAAAUCUGCCAAGUGUUGGGAACCCCGAAAAAGACGGACUGGCCUGAAGGCUAUCAGCUGUCCAGUGUUAUGAACUUCCGCUGGCCCCAGUGCGUCCCCAGUAACCUGAAGACCCUGAUUCCGAACGCCAGCAGUGAAGCCGUCCAGCUGCUGAGAGACAUGCUCCAGUGGGACCCCAAGAAACGGCCAACAGCGAGUCAGGCUCUUCGCUAUCCCUACUUCCACAUCAGGCACCCACUGGGCAGCAUCACCCAGACAGUCGAGGACCCAGGAAAGACGCAGAAGGACCUCCUGGAAAAAACGGGCCUGCCUGCUCACGUCAAGCCCGUCCCCCCGGCCCAGCCCCCCACCAAACCUCAGGUGCGGCUUCCUGUCCGGCAGCAUCUCUCCUACGCCUACAAAGCGGAGGCCCCCGGGACGGGCCACCCGGUCCACGCUCCCGAGGACAAGCCCAGCCCGCUGCUCUUCCCGUCCCUGCAUGCCCAGAACCCUCAUUUGGCGCAGAAAAUCCUAACUGGCCUGGAGCACAAAAACGGUGAGGUCAAACCAAAGAGCCGGAGGCGGUGGGGUCUCAUGUCCCGGUCCACCAAGGAUUCCGACGACUGGGCCGACCUGGAUGACUUGGAUUUCAGCCCGUCGUUCACCAGGAUUGAUGUGAAGAACAAGAAGCGGCCGACGGACGAGGCGCUCUGCAGGCAAGUAUUCGAAAGUGUUCUGGACCUGAAGCCCCCGGAGCCCGUGGGUGCGGGAAACAGCGCCCCAUCCCAGACUUCCUACCAGAGGCGAGACACGCCCACCCUGAGAUCCACGGCCAAGCAGCACUACUUGAAGCACUCCCGCUACUUGCCUGGAAUAAAUAUAAGAAAUGGCAUACUCCCAAAUCCCGGCAAGGAUUUUAUUCCGUCGAAUCCCUGGUCUAGUUCUGGGUUGUCUGGAAAAUCUUCAGGGACUGUGUCAGUCAUCAGCAAAAUAAAUUCUGUCGGUUCCGGCUCUACGAGUUCCAGUGGACUGACAGGAAACUACAUCCCUUCCUUUCUGAAAAAAGAGAUAGGUUCUGCUGUGCAGAGGGUUCACCUGGCGCCCAUUCCAGACCCUCCCCCUGGCUAUUCUUCCCUCAAGGCGGUGAGACCUCAUCCUGGGAGACCUUUCUUCCAUACCCAGCCUCGAAGCACUCCUGGACUCGUACCCCGGCCUCCUGCUGCACAGCCCGUGCAUGGCCGGACGGACUGGACUUCCAAGUACGCAUCUCGGCGGUGACUCACGGACUCACAGGGCAGAAAGCCAGACUCUGUCGUGGGCCCACUGGUGUUUCACCCGCAAAGAACUCUCGGAGGAUAUCAAAGUGAACGGACACUUUAGAGUUAUUCUUCUGAACUAAGACAUUUCAAUAUUCUUUUUAAGGGUCUUUUUUUUUUAACAUUGAUUUGAAUGCAAUACCCUUUUUUGUACAAAAUUAUUUUGUUCUAAAACUGGGUCCCCUUAUUUUCUUAAACAACAGCAUUUUGUAUAUAUGGAUUAAGUUGGAGCAUUUUCUACAGUUAGCUUUGUAACAAAAUUUUUAAAGAUUAAUUGAUUUUCCUUUGGGGUUCCAGAUAAUAUUUUAUACAGAUUUAAAAAAAAGAAACAACAUAAUAUUAAUGCAGUAUUGCAACAGGGGUGCAAUUUAAGGCUACGUGAUAAAACCUUCUUUAUUCAAGGUGUGCGGAUAUUUGUAAAGCGGUUAAAAUUUACUUUUAUUUUUUUUUGAAGUAGUUGUGUUUUAAAAUGUGGCACCUAGGUACCUCAGUCUUCCUUGAACUGACAAGUUCGCUUAAAAAAAAUGAUCUUUUCCUUUUCUUCGUAUUCUAUUACUGAUUUGAUUUCUUUGAAAUCACUCUGCUGUUCUGAAAGAACUUAUAUGUAGUCCUCUUCACUUUGCUUUUGUUCCCCAGAUGACAGAAGUCUAAAUAAAGGCUCGAGGGGGGUUUUGCAAUGCCCCUUCUGCUGUUUGAAGCCAUCUCAUGAAGCCAAACUCUAUCCUACGAUGCUAGAUUAAUUUUCUUCCAUCUUUAAGAUCGAGUUGUAAAAGUUCCCACAAAAAGAAAGCUUUUCCAGUUAAAAGGAUCCCUGGCCUCCUGGCCAACAUACUCAGUUUAACUUGGAUCCCUGUCCAGAUUCAUGAAAAAGCUAAAUUUCCAAGCAGCAGCCAGUCUAUAUUUUUUUUUAUAAUAACUGAUGAUGAUUUUAUACUCAGUUCAGUUCUCCAGGCCUCGCUAAGAACACACAGUCGACUUAUUUUCUGGCUAAAUUCUCAGGGCAAUCUGGGGAACAGAAAAAAAUGUAUGACAGAGGUUCUACUAUCUGGGACAUCACCAUGGCCCAGAUGUUCGGGGUCCGUAGCGUGCCACACUUGACUCUUAUCCCUCGUGUAGUUUCUUUCCGCCGUCAAAACUUUAUUUGUUGGACAGAGGCAGCUCCACUGAGAGGAAUGUUUACAGCAAGUUUUGAAAACGACAAAGCUAGUAUGGAUACAGGAAAGGACUAAAGGUCCACUCUUUGUGCGUCUCCGAAGAGCUUGUUAGUCACCACACACGGUUCCCUUAAAAACCAGGGAGAAGGUCAGUCCUUGAAUGCGACAGGGACCUAGCAUCCUCCCAGGGCCGCUCAGGCUACUCUUUUGCUCUGCUUCCAGGUUUCAGGAUGAAACAAGUUGAAGUUGUACGAAGUUAUUAUUUUCAUAGAUUCGCAUCAACAUCAUCAGCGCGUUGAUUAUGGCUCAGCCGAACAAUUGGGUCUAUCACUGCUUUGAUGUAUUAAUUGUGUGUUGCAAGCUCAAUAAGUCCCAGAGAGCCGUGACCCAAAACCAGAGAGACGUUCACGCUUGGGACAAUCUGGCUCAAGAAUGCUCUUGACCGACCACUUGGAUUCCUAGGAGCAUGAGAAAAGCACACGUGGAUGUGGAUUUGCUAGGUGAUAUUUUUCCUGUUAGCAAACUGGCAGCAAAACUUCAGAAGAGAAGUAUGUACGUGUAAGCACAACUUGAAGCUGAAUUUAUUUCUGUAUUAUAUUCUCCGCUCAUCUAAAAAAGAAAAAAACCAGGAAAAAAUGUUUUCAGAGAUGAGUCCUUUACUAUGAGACUAACAAUAUUUAUUUUCCUUUUUCUCUAUUAUGUAUGAAAAAGUAAUUUAAAAUGAAACUUUCCCACUAUUGUUCUGGUUUUUAAGCUGGCUUAAACUAUAAAUACCCAAAAGAGAACGAAAUAGAUUGUGAGUCCCCUAUUCUUCACAUUCUAUCUUAUGUUCAGGUCAUUACAGUUACCUGAUAAUUACACAUCAUCAAUUCUUUUCCCUAAAGCUAAGGGGAAAAUAGGUCCCAAAUUCAGAAAAUAUUUCACUCUUCUUCAUUUCACUCGUGUCUCUCUUUUCAUCAGCAAACAACUCCCCUUGGGGAAGUAUCCAACACAUUUAUUUAUUUAUUGAAAAAUCGUGAGACUGAUAUAACUAGAAGACUGAAAACACACUGUAAACUUUAAAGAAUUAGUGAGAGCCCAUGAAGUACUUCUCUCCCCCCAGAAUGGGCAAAGGACAGAUUGUGUAUACGUGCUGUAUACUACAGAAGGGAUGUUUAUAGUGGCCCUUUUUUUUUUGUUAAGUAAAAAUAACAUUUUACCAGUUGCAUAUAGAGUUUUAGUAACUACAAAAUGAAAAAAAGGUACUGCAAGACACCAGUAGCAAUGGUGCAUUAUAAACUGUACCUCUCCAUCACUAUACCUCAUUUCUGGUCUAAAAGCUUUCCAGGAAAACAAGGGUUGGCUUUCAUUCUAUAUCCCCAAAGGUUUAGAGACCAGGGAGGUGUUGAGGAAUGCAUAUGUUCACAGCAGGGAAGGCCACCUGGGCACAAAAGCUACUCUUGUGUGAUCAUUCAUUUUGUAAUUAAGUUCCAUUACUGACUAAACCCUCACCCAGUUCAUGUUGGAUAGAUUUUUACCAGGAAGAAAAUUGAUGUUCAGUUUUUAGAUACCUCUAGUCUAAAGAACUGUAUACAUCUAAUCAGUUGAUGCUGUGUUAUUUUCCAGAGUUAUCAGAGCUGGGGUACAAGUAAAAAAGAAAGAGAGAGAGAGAGAGAGAGAGAGAGAGAGAGAGAGAGAGAGAAACUAUAACCAAGUCAACAUGUGUCAUAUAAAAAAUACGUUAUUUUGUUUUUAAUUACAAAUACUGGUACUGUUAGAGUUGAUGGGCACCAUGCUUUCUCACGAAGUAGCAUUUCCCUACCAUCAUGCCAUCGUUUUGUGCCAUUUAGAAGAGAGAGAGAACGCAGGCUGUGUGUUUCCGCUCAGUGUAUGACCAAAAGCAAUAUGUUCGUUCAUAUGAAGAUGUUUAACAUAAUGCAUAUUUUAUAUAUCACUUAAGGCAUACUGUAGCAACUUGUUUGUUUGAUAUGUCUGGUCAAUUUUUAGAAUUAUUUUUACAAUUUGCAACCAAAGUACUGUAUUUUAUAUAAUUGAUUAUGAGUACCUUCUCUGGGGAACUUACAUUAAGAAGACAAACUGGAGGCAUAGAUCACAUUAAUCUGUAUUAUCAGUCUCUUAAAGACACUGCAGUGUGAGUUAGAAAUGUCCUAAACAGUUUUCCGAUGUGACAUCUCUCAGCACUGAUAACCACGAAAUCUCAUCUUGAUCACCACAGAGUAACUGGGACAAAGCAAAAAAAAUAAGUAAAUAAAAUUCACUGAAAUGGAUAGAAGGACAGAAAGCCACUUAGGCAAGUCCCUUCUGAAAUAAAAUGUUGCUUUUUGAUUAGUUUCUCCUAAUGUAUUUAAAAAUAAAAAGAAGAAGAAUGUUAAUUUAAGAAAAAUUCUCCUGUUCCAAAUAAAAAGUAACAAUUUAAGAA